CGUUUCUCUUUUUCAAUUUUCCCCAAUUCUCAAAUAGCGCCCGUCCACUUUAGAGAGAGAGAGAGAGAGAGAGAGAGAGAAUAGGUAGGAAGAGGAAAAUGUCGCCAACAAUGGUGGCGAAACAAGCCGAGCAGCUCAGGCAAGACGGCAACACGUACUUCAAGAAGGAUCGCUUAGGUGCCGCCAUUGAUGCUUAUACUGAGGCUAUUGCGCUGUGCCCUAAUGUUCCGGUGUAUUGGACCAAUCGCGCUCUCUGUCAUCGCAAGCGGAAUGAAUGGGCGCGUGUGGAGGAGGAUUGCAGGAGAGCGAUUCAGCUCGAUCACCAUUCUGUAAAGGCUCACUAUAUGCUCGGUCUUGCUCUGCUGCAAAAGAAAGAAUAUGCAAAAGGGGUGAAAGAAUUGGAGAAGGCAUUGGACCUUGGCAGGGGUGCGAACCCCCAAGGAUAUAUGGUAGAGGAAAUAUGGCAAGAGCUUGCAAAAGCAAAAUACUUGGUAUGGGAACAUGAGUCUACCAAGCGGUCUUGGGAACUUCGAAACUUAAAAGAAGCUUGCGAAGCGGCCUUGAUCGAUAAAUGUAACCGUGAUGCUUCUGAGAAAGAAGGUUUUGUCGAGGAUAGUCACCGGUCUACUGUAGAUCAACUGAACGCCUUGAACCUAGUAUUCAAGAAAGCUGCAGAAGAUGAUACCCCAACAGAGGUUCCAGACUACCUGUGCUGUAACAUCACUCUAGACAUUUUCCGUGAUCCUGUAAUCACUCCAAGUGGGGUAACAUAUGAAAGAGCGGUGAUCCUAGAUCAUCUCCAAAAGGUGGGUAAAUUCGAUCCCAUUACCCGUGAAACACUACAUCCAUCUCAGUUGGUGCCCAAUUUGGCCAUAAAAGAAGCUGUGAGAGCAUACCUGGAGGUGCAUGGCUGGGCCUAUGAGAUGGAUUGAAGCUGUUCUGGGAUCUUGGAUUUGUUCAUGUAAGUAUAUGCUGCGUCUCUCCAGCAGAAUGAGGAUAACAGAUCCAUAACUAUUGUUGAGUACGUCAGAACACCCUAAGGUCUAUUGAACAGUGUGUCGUCCAUUGCAUAACAUAUAUGCCCGAUUCUAUUAGUAGCAGAUUAGAAGAUCACAUAGUUCAUAAUUUCAUAUGUAUAGUCUCCAGAACCAAACUUGUACAGUGUUUGUCACAGACUUUUGCUGGGAGACGAAAAUCUUGUUUUGUAGCCUACUCGAGCUAUUCUUACUCUCAGACGGUCUUCUGUUUGUGGCUAAAGUUUGAACUGGAAAUCUUGCAUCUAAUCUUGAAUUUUUCCA